AUGGAUAUUCUUUUAAAGAAUGAAUUAAGUGAAAAAAGUCUUAAAAAUAGUAAAAUUUUAGCUUUAAAAGAAGAAAUUAUUACUUCUCAAAAAAAAGAUCGAAUUACAGAAUUGAUAGAAUUGUGUGAGGAUUCUUCUGAAGAAACGAGCCUUGAAGCACAAUAUGCAACAUAUGAGACGUUUUCUUGUUGGUUUUCCUCUGGGAUACUUUCUAAACCUAAAGGGGUUUCUGUGGACUCAUCUGAAAUGUCUACGUAUUUGUGGUGCAGGGAAAAAUAUGUUAAUUUUUCAGUUAAACUGCUUGAGAAGUUAUCUUUUACUAGACUUGAACAACAAGGACAUGCGUUCACAUUAUUGCUUCGAUUAAUUCGGGAUGAAAGUACAUCUGAAAAUCGAGGAUUUGUAAAUGAUUUGUAUUAUAGAGUGCUUAAAUCACUUCUCUUGAAUGAAAAUGCACAUGUUUUUUUUUUUCAUUAUAUAAUAAAAGAGUAUCUAAAUGAAUAUACGGAUUUGCAGUAUUAUUUUUAUAAAAAUACUUGUAAACUUACUAAGGAAGUGCUUGAGUGUAAAAAUGCGAAUUCAGGCUUAAUUGAAGCAUAUACAACGAAUCUUACAAUUCUUUUAGUAAAUAUGAAAACUGUUUUGUUUGAGGUUAAAAAGUUAUGGGUAUCAUCAGAUUCUUUUAUACAAAAUUUUCGUCCUUUAAAACAAAAACAUGUCUUUUCUAAUUCUUGGUUUACGGCUCUUCAAUUGCCUUUAAAAAAUUAUCAAUAUAAACUUGUUUUGAAUAUUUUUCAUUCUAAUGUCCUCCCUUUUUUUUCAAAACCACACUUAUUGAUGGAUUUUCUUACGGAUUCAUAUAAUGCAGGUGGAUCUGUCUCUCUUUUAGCACUAAAUGGUUUAUUUUAUCUUAUGCAAGAACACAAUCUUGAUUACCCAAAUUUUUUUACAAAACUUUAUGCUUUGUUUGACGAAAGUUUGUUUUAUAUUCGAUAUCGUGCUCGUUUUAUAAAAUUGGUUGACCUUUUUUUAUCCUCUACGCAUUUACCUGCUAGUAUUGUUGCUAGUUUUGUUAAGAGAAUGUCUCGGCUUAGUCUUUUAGCAAAUCCCGGAGGAAUAAUUAUGAUUAUUCCUUUUGUUUAUAACCUUUUAAAGCGGCAUCCAACAUGUAUCGUUCUUAUCCAUAGACCUUUUAUUAAAUCAAUUUUUGAAGACCCUUUUUUGGAACAGGAGCUAGACCCCAGUAAAACCAGGGCUUUGGAUAGUAGCUUGUGGGAACUUGCUACACUUGUAGACCAUUAUCAUCCUAUUGUUUCAACAUUGGCUCGGAUUUUUUCAGAACAGUUUACAAAGCCUAGUUACAAUUUGUCUGAUUUUCUUGAUUAUUCUUAUUCAAACAUAAUUGACUUAGAAAUGAAUUGUAAAAUGAAAAAGUCUCCUGCUAUAGAAUAUCAAAGUGCAGAUAGCACUUUUGUUUCAAAAGAAGAAAAUAAUUCUAUAUUUGCUUCAUUAUGGAAUUUAAAUGAUAUAUCAAUAUAG